CAGAAACUAAUCCCAAAAACGACCAAUUCUCAGCAAAACUGAGCAAACUGAGCAAACUGAGCCUCGAGCAGUUGUCGUGCAAUUGCACCAUUUUGAGCACCAAAGUUUCGAGAUCAUGGCCAAACGAGUGGCGGACGACGAUGCAGCAGCGUGCACAGAGACCAACAACAAGCGGAUUCGGAGCGAGAGCGAGACGAGUGCAGCGACAGCGGCAGGGUCAGAUCGCCGCUCAGUGGCUCUGGUACACUCUGGCGCGUACAUUCGAGCAUGCAGCAGACUGCCCAGAAUGCCAGAACGCGCAAUCUUGAUCGCAACGUUAAUGGAGGCCUAUGGCUUGCACAAGCAUCUUCAAAUUGUCUCGCCUCGAUUGGCCACGGCCGACGAGCUCAUGAUGUUUCACACCCGAGAAUACAUUGAAUUUCUAGAACAAGGCUGCCCCGAGCAAGAUUCGGACGAAGAAUCGAGCGACGAUGAGCGGAAUGAUCGCAAAAUAGGAGAAACGCGAGCACAGCGGUUUGGUCUCGAACUCGAUUGUCCUCCUUUUGCUGGCAUAUACGAGUACGCUCAGGCGGUGGCUGGCGCGACCCUAACAGCUGCCGAAUUGCUCAUGGACUCGAACGAAGCACACACAAUCGCCAUUAACUGGCAUGGAGGGUGGCACCACGGGCGGCCAGACUGUGCAGCUGGAUUUUGUUAUGUUAACGACGCCGUGCUGGGCAUUCUCGCCCUUCGACGAAGAUUCGACCGCGUCCUGUACGUCGACAUUGACCUGCACCACGGCGACGGCGUCGAGCGCGCUUUUGAGCAUUCGGAUCGAGUGGCCUGCGUUUCUUUGCACAAACACGCGCCUGGCUUCUACCCUGGCACUGGAGUGCUGUCAGACACAGGUCGCGGGCGCGGCAAAGGCUAUACGGUAAACUUCCCUGUGGCGGAUGGCCUGACCGAUUCACAGUUGGCGCACAUUGUUCAAGCGCUUGUCGAGCUUGCACACGAGCGCUUUCAACCCAACGUCAUCGUUCUGCAAUGCGGUGUCGACACGCUUGUGACAGACCCGUACGCGGCUUUCAAUGUCACUCCCGUUGGCGUCGAGCAAGCGGUUCAAUCCGUGCUUGCCUGCAAGCUACCAACGUUGGUUCUGGGCGGCGGCGGCUACCAUUCCCCGUCUGUCGCGAAAUGCUUUACCAGCGUCACGGCGCACGCCAUCUUGGAGCUCGAGCCGCUCGCUCGAUCGAUUCCCGAGCACGACUUCUUUGAGCAGUAUUCUCCUGACUAUGGCCUGCGCAUUUCGCCCUCGCCAAGUCGGCCCACCCUGAAUACCGAUGCCGCCAUCGCGGCGCAAUUGGCAACCAUCCGUGGCGCGGCGUUUCAAACCGCCCAGUAA